AUGAAGUUCCUCGGCGUCGCUUUUGCGUCGCUCGGACUGGCUUCUGCCGCCACUGUCGCGAGCAAGGCCAACUACGACGACUGGAAAGUUUAUCGCGUCAAUGUUGGAACCAAUGCGGCCAAGUUCAACGACGUGGUCAGCAAGCUCAAGCUCGAGGUCUGGAAAGGCAAGCCCGCAGCCAGCGAAGUCGUCGACGUUGUCGUGCCGCCCACGCAAAUCUCGGAAUUUGAGGCUUCGACUGCCGAGCUCAAGACGCAAGUGAUGCAUGAGAAUCUGGGACUUUCCAUUGCAGAUGAGAAUAACGACGCGUUUGCCAUUGCUGCUGGUAAUCUUUCCCUCAAUUCACGUAUUGCGUGUAGUCGAGCGCUAAUGUAUCGUUUAGCUGGCGCGGCGCCAUCUGCUACUUGGUUUAAUUCGUACCAUGCUAUUGCGGACCAUAUGCAGUGGGUUACAGAUCUUGCAGCUGCCUAUCCGGAAAACUCAGAGGUGAUAUCGGCUGGCAAAUCCGUCGAGGGUCGUGACAUCAGGGGCAUCCAUAUCUGGGGCAAUGGAGGCAAAGGAUCCAAGAAGGCAGUCGUCUGGCAUGGAACAGUCCAUGCACGAGAAUGGAUUACAACCAUGGUCGUCGAAUAUGCCGCCUACCAACUCCUGACCUCUACCGACUCUGCCACCGCCUCCUUCAAAAACAACUUUGACUUCUACAUAUUCCCCAUUGUCAACCCCGACGGCUUCGCCUACACACAAACCAACGACCGUCUCUGGCGCAAAAACCGCCAGUCCACCCCCUCAGCCCGCUGCGUCGGCCGCGACAUCAACCGCAACUGGCCCAACCACUGGGACCAGCGCGGCGGCGCCAGCACCGCCCCUUGCGACCAAGACUACAAGGGGCCCUCCGCUGGCGACGGUGUCGAAACAAAAGCCCUCAAAGCCCAGCUCGAUGGCCUCGCCGCCGGCCGCGGCAUCCAACUAUACAUGGACAUUCACGCCUACUCGCAACUCUGGCUCUACCCCUACGGCUACACAUGCACCGGCACCGUCCCCAACUCCGCAAAAUACGCAACUCUGACUAGCGGGGCGAUUGCGGCCAUCAAGGCUGUGCAUGGCACUACCUUUACCGGUGGGCCGAUUUGCAAUACCAUUUACCAGGUUAGCGGUGAUAGUGUGGAUUAUGCGCUUGAGAAUGCGAGGGCGAAUUACAGUAUGACGGUUGAGUUGAGGGAUACGGGGACGUAUGGGUUUGUGUUGCCGGCGGCGCAGAUUGUGCCGAGUGCGGAGGAGAUGUGGGCGGGAUUGGCGUAUAUUUUGAAGAAUAUCUAG